AUGACCCAAGUCAACCUCGUCCUCCUGAUCGAGCUUGCGGCAGUCGUUGUCGGAGCCACCGCCUUCCUGUUCUAUUGGAACAGACUCCUCGCCUCUGUCCUCGCAUUUCUGGUCCGGAUAUACUCAUGGAGGGUUCUUCACGCGUAUGUCUCGAUAGGGUCGCUCCAAAUAUCACCACUGGCCGGCCGAAUAUCAUUCCGUGAUCUGGAAUAUCACUCGAGUAAUAUAUCGGUGAGAGCAUUGAACGGCCAUGUGACUUGGAGAUACUGGAAACUCCAUGUGAGGAGUGAAUUGGACACUCAGUCAACAAGCCGUAAAAGAAACCAUUUGCCUUGUCGGAUCGUCGUCUACGCCAAGGGUGUCGAAGCUUUUGUGUACAAUCGUACGCCCGCCUACGAUGACAUUGUGGAGCGCAUGAAGAAGCACGAGAAGGAAGCGAACGAUGAGAAACUCAGGCAAACCAGAUCGACGGAGUCUCGAGACGAGGGAGGGCUGCGAUCUCGCCUAAGAAAUCUCGGUAGGAUGUCUACGAGAGAUAGUUCAACAAAAGGCAUCAUGAAUAAGGACAAAGAGAACUCGGACACAUCACCAACACACGAGCUUCCAGCUCAGAUCAAACCAUUGAAGGCGUCGUCAGAUAGUGUCAACUGGUUUCGCGAAGCUCUUCCACUUGAGCUCCGGAUCAUCGCAGGAUCUAUAGUACUGGGGAGUGACGCAACUCCCACAGUCCUGAUUGGCGAUUUCAAAAAGGUGGAAGGGACUCUUGAGACCUGCGACUCCCGCUCGAUCUUGGACCAGUACAAAUUGGCGGUGGAAUUGAAGUUCCAUGAGGCGAAUGUGCUUACACGAACCAACGUCGAUCAUUCGGGGCCGCUGUUGGCGCACGGUAAGAAGGUGUAUGACGAAUUACUCAAACGCCAGGCAGACUUGUCACGCCAACCUCCUUCGGUCAUCUCAAUAUUUACAGGGUUUCACUUGCUAGCAAAGCAGUUCCCUUUCCUAUACGACCCAAAAUUCUCCACACCUCCUGUUCCAGGUCUUUCAACAAGCAAACUGUGGAAGGGGUUGGCUCGUUAUCGUCUGCCAGAAGACAGUGAUCCAACGACACCUCAGAAUAGUACCCAAGAAGAACUGGAGUAUGCCAAGGUGACCCAUCUUCUAGAGGCUCCAGAACUCACCUUAACAUACUAUUCGGAUACACCGGGAAUUGUACCCGACCCUCUCUCCGCGCCGUUCAUUGACCCUUUGGAUGAGAUAGGCAACGUCGAUUUGCCUCCCGAAUACGGCAUUGAUAUAACGAUCCAUAAAGGCAUCAUCAAAUAUGGGCCAUGGGCCGAUCGUCAACGAGAACAAAUUCAAAGAGCAUUCGCACCUGCGCUGUUCUUCGACAGUGAGCCCAGACCUCGGCUAAAACAGGGAGAGAGUCGACUCCACACAAUUCUUGUGCUCCGAAUCAUGCUGGAAGAUGAGACCACCUUGCGAAUACCGACCCGCGAGAGUUCUAAAAACUGGCAGUACGACAAUGCUUCAUCCAACACCGAACGUCGGUAUGGGUGGCUCGACGUCGCCGUCGGACCAAAUUCCUCUGUCGUGUACACUCAAGAACAGAUCGCCACGUCCCGCGGAUACGAAUCUAUGCUGGUUCUGCAUCUUGAUCAACUAGCGAUCAGCUCGAGUGUCAACUUGGACACCUUCAUCCGAUCCAAGACUUGUAAAUUGUCGAUGGCGAUGCCAACGCCUUUGCCCUGGAACGCGCAGCGUGAUUGGGGUAUGGACGUUGCUUUCGACUCACCAGCAAUAAGCAUCUUGCGCGACCAUGUGACUCUGAUAUCGGAUUUAGCGAAGGACUGGAGUUCUGGUACGACAGGUGGCGACUAUCACCAUUUCGUACCUUGCCAUUACAACUUCCGGGUAUCUCUCAUCAACUACGCCUUCCAUCUCUACAUUAAUGACUAUAAUAUCGUGGAUGCCCCUGGCUCAAGAGAUAGCAACGCUUUCAUGGACGUGUAUGGUCCUAGACUCGAUGCUGUAGUGGCAGUUGCCUCUACCCAGUAUCGUCCGGAAUCAUCCGUUGUACCAUUCAACAUAUCGCUUUCGGAUGCUCUUGUGGAACUAUGUGUGCCAAUAUGGGACACACACAGAACUUUUGGAACAGACGUCUACGAAAUUGGACGUGUAGGAAGCUUGACUGCCUCUGGUUCUUACCGCUACUACGCCGUUGCACGGCCAGAUCACGAAGAGAAUUUGACUCUUCAUCUGGAAGGGAAGCAUGCACGGUUCAAAGCCCUAGGAUGGGUGCUGAGGAGGCUCUUUUGCGUCAAAGACAACUAUUUUGGGUCGUUUACGCAAUUCACAACUAUGGCAGAAUUUCUGGAGAGGUUCGAUCAUGAUCCCGCUACAGUGGGGGAUCCUGUGGAAGAGAAGUGGCGACCGGGUCGGUCCGACCCAUUUGCCGCUCACAUUACAAUGAAUAUCGAAGAAUCCCUCAUCGUCAUGUCGGACGAGAUCUACAACAUUACCAGCGGCAUCGCUCUGCCCGUGCCCCAGCUCCAAUUGACUAUCAAAUCGGUGGACGAAUUUAUGGAACUGGCUUUGAACGCUACACCGACUUACAUCGUUGCGGCGCCCAGCUUGAUAGAUAUCUAUCGUAAGGGCAGCGCGCCGUUGCUAGCUGAUGACCAGGUCAUUUUUCUUGAAGGGAUGGAACUGAAAGCCAUCAGGCUAUUUGGCCCUCAGCCGAGAGCAACGACGUACCUUUGUCUGUGGGAAGCCAACAUCACAAGCGUGACUGCGUUCCUCACUGGCGAUUUCAUCUCCACUCUGAAGGCUGUGGGAUCAGCCGUUGGGUAUACGUUCUCCGAUCCUGAAAAUUCUCCAGAUCAGAACUACCAACUCAAAACACCGCCUGACGUGACGUUCUUCAAGCUUUGUGUAGAAAAGGCGUUGGUCAUGUUGACGGAAGAUGAUCAUUCCAUCUCCAUCGAUAUUCCCCUAGGCCUCUUGCUAGACACAAGCACAUGGGGUACCCGGUCUCACUCCUCCAAUACCAGCAUGCUCGUGCCUUCUCUGACUGCCAACCUACUCAGUCGUGGCCCAGGAUCACAGUGGCAAGUUGUGAGCAACGUCUGCCUCGGUAUGACUCUGGACGUCUACAAUGCGCCGGAAAGAUGGCAAGAGCAUGUGGAGGCGCAGCAACGGUUCUUGAGAGACCAAGAUACGGCGACCGGCAGGAUCUGGUUUCUGUACCAGGGCGGAAAACCACAAAAGAGACGACAUGUGAACGGCUUGUAUCUUCCGCUGCCUUUGAAGAAAAAUCCCGACACGCUCGCCAAUGACUCUGAAAGCACUCAUUCUUUGAUUGACCAUCAUCAACAGAACAAAAGGCCGUCCUCAAGGGACUCGGACAGCUCUGACGAUAUGCAAAGCCCAACCAUCCCCUUGAUGAAACGGACCAAGGCAAAAUUCGCCAGUGGCUCUAUUCCAGGUGGCACCAAUGGCCCGUCCGAUGGUGACGAAUCUGACACCGUAUCGAGCUCGACGUCCACUGAAGGCUCCCGCAUAUCUGUGUCUCCUAAUUUAAGGGUGGACAUGGCAGAUGGUCUGGAUAUCAGGCUACGUCAUUAUCGCCUUGCCCACAGUCAGCAUAUUCACAGCCAGUGGCUUCCUCUGAUAGAUGGAAGCGGCUCUCGGGAUCAGAAGGAUCAUCCGAGGAGUGAGGGCGGUUUGGAAAAUGGCAAAGUCAUCCGUAUCGGAUUCAACACAAUCGUUGGCAACAUCAAGCCCGAGGCGUUACCCGCCGUUGCCAAGAUCAACUCUGUGUUGUCUCAUCAAGAUGAUUCGUACGAGAAGCGACUCGAUCGCCUCCUUGUGAACCAAUACGACAAAAUAGAAGACGCCAAAUCAUCGGAACACCCUACCGUAUAUGACAUUCGCAUCCCCGCUUUCCUAGUCUGCGUGACAGGCCCUGACGUAUCCGCAUCAACGAUGGUCAAAGUAGACAACACCAAAGUUGAUAUACACAAUUAUGCCCCUCAACGGGACCUCAGCCCGACCCAUAAGUCGGUACUUGAUUUGAAAGUAUCUGUCUCGUCGGCGACUAUCACGUCUUAUGCGUCCGCAGAGAAGUGUCCAUUGUCCUUGGUAGACGUGGAUGAUAUGGCAGCAGGAAUCCCUGGGAGCUGCCCUAUAGCCCAUGUUAGCCUGGGAAAACUCAAAGGCAGCCUGUACCAGAGUUCUCGCGUUAGGCUUCAGGGUACCAUCUCUCAUGCUCGACUCUACAUUGUCACGUCGUUUGUCCCCUUUGCGGUGGCGUACGCCGACUUUUGGGCAUCGACUGUCAAACAGGCCUCCCUUUUCGCUCCAGAAGCCACCCUCGACUCGGAAAUGCUCUUCCACGUACUCUCAUCGGCGGUUGAUUCUGGGCGAGGCGCUUAUCUUCCCAGCUUUGCCUAUGUGGCACCAUAUGGGCUACACGAACAAGACAGUCAGUUGGGCAACAGACGUCAAACAGGUUGGUGGCUCCUGGCUAGGUUCCGUGAAUGGCUUCGCAGCGGGCCCUUGAACGGGACUUUCGACCGACAAGACUUGCCCACCAGGACUAGCUAUGUCUUGGCAGAGCUGCUACGGUAUGACGAUUCUCUCCAGGGAGCAAGUCAGAUAGUCGAAGCUCAGCCCUUUUUCCACUUGGCCUUCAUGAAACCGUCUCGGACCGACGCAAAUAGCGGACAACGUGACAAACCAACAGAUGUGUCUCUGUACGUUGAAGAAUUGGCGAUGCGCCAUCGCGGCCGGAGCUUGGGCUCCCGCACUGAAUUCACAAGUCUCAUCAUGAUCAACAAAUCAUCCGUUGGAUACUCAGUGAUAUCUGCAAGCAGCGAGAAGACAUCGUGUCAAUCGAGGCUCAUGGCCGCUAUCCAAUCAGUCAAUCUACAAAUACACGACAGUAUCUUGGCCUUGGCCAACCAGGCUGUCCAUACCCUAGCCGAGAGACUCAACGGACCAAACGCCUCGACCGAUCUAUUGCAAAGUGAGCCAGUGGGGACUACUGCCAUGGCGGUCAGUGUUCAAAUUACCAACGCUAGUGCGGACGUUGUCGGCGGAAAUCUUCGUCUACAUCUGGGUGCACAUAACUUCCUAGUCAAUGGGGUGUCUCGCUCCAAAGUGGGAACCACCAGAUCCAGCAAGGAAUCUCUGACAGCCUCUCUUGACAUUCUGGAAUUCGCCCUUCUGCAACCACAUGGAACAAUAGAGGCUCGUCCAGCCGACAGAAUUGUCCUGUCACUUCGUACGACUGGAUGGGCCAGCUCUUUGCAUCGCUUUACAUCCUCUGACCAAAUCGCAAAAGUCAGACUACUGGUGGGCUUGAAGGCCGUGGAAUUUGACUCUAGGCCUCAGCUUCGUGCAUUGUACUUCUUCGUACAAGAGUGGAAGGCUCAAGAGCUACCACUCUACGCGUCCAGCAUUGAAGACAUGCGAGAGGUCCUAAAGAAUCACAAGAGUAGUUCACCGAACCACAAAGAACCAAUGGUGCUGUCUGAACUUGAUAUUACUGUGCAGCGCUUGCAAGUGCAAGUGAGAGCGGCCAGAGCGCUGUGGGUCCGGUGGGAUAUAGGGAAAGUGUAUACCUCUAGGGUGGCGGCCUCAGAGACGAUUCGCUUCGCGUUCAAAGCCGCCCCCCAGGUUGUUGGUGCCUACGCCUCCCGCAAGUCCAAGAGCAGUGACGCUACGGCGCUUCAUCUACCCUCCGUGACGGCCACCGGCGUUUGGCGUCUGCUUGAAGAUGCACCUCACGUUUCCGCGGACGUUCAGGUCGGUUUAUUCACCGGAGUUUUGAGACCCGCGAUGCUUGACAGACUCCUGUCCCUACACCAAAAGCUGGGCGAAGAUCUGAAAGAGCUAGUUCACGCCUGGCAACACGAUGUUGCCAAGGUACGAGACAAACUACGCGGCAAGCACCCUGGCGCACCCUCACCUGCCCCUACAGCCAUGCGGGAUAUCAUCUUCAAUCUGAACGUUGGAGUAGCUGGGUUACGCUUCGGUCUACGGGCAGAAGAUGUUCCUGCAACGGUAAUGUUUGAGGCUCUUGCCAUCACUGGAACGGCAAACAACCAGCAUCAUCCAGACAAGGGUCUUCAAUGGGGCGCACAGGUGAACCAUUUCAGCUUGUCCCUAGGCCAUCCCUACGAAAAGGGGUCUCUCCAGAAUUUUCUGCCGAUAAGUCGACCUUGUACUGCCUCCAUGACAUUGGACUUUUGGGUGGAGGAGAUUCCAGAGACACCUACGUCCGCUUUACAUCUCAAGAUCAGCCUCAGUCAAGUGCGCACGGUCAUGCACGUUGAGGCGUUGAAUGAGCUCAUCGAUCUCUUCAAGAGUUGGUCUUCCGAUCUGUAUAUUCUACGAGAGCAUAGAGCAGAGGAGAUGGCUGAAGUCAAGGAGCAGACCACAAAGGUACUCAAAAAGCUGGAGUCUGCAGAUAGUGCUGGCCGACCCGAAAGCUCGUGGCUGGCAAGCCGUCUUCUGACGGUCAAAAUCGAGGGCGUGGGUAUUGCCAUUCCCCUGGUCCAAAGUGCUCAGAUUCUCUCGGGAGGUGUCCCUGCUUUGCUCUUUUCGAUCAGAAACAUCAGCUAUGAAAACAAGCACAAUGCGAUAGCGCGAUUCAGGAUGCAGACUAUGGCAUUGCAAUUUGUCAAGCAAUUUGACCUAGGCAAGACCGAUCACUACACGCACGACGCCCACGGCACAAAGAACUGCAUGGUUUUACCUGCUAUCGAAAGCGAAGCUCAAAUGUCCUCUUCCCAUGACCAAUGGCAACUGUCCGCGCACUGUUCCGCUACCGAUUUCAAACUCGUCCUUUCUCCCGACGUCUCUGAUGGCAUACUCGAGCUAAUUAACCUCUUUGAGCAAGGAAAAGAGCGGAUAUCAACUGCCGAGGCCCAAUACAAGACUGAGAUGGCCAAACACGCUCAAGAGUCGUUGACCACCAAAUAUGAUGAUCAUCUUUCGCCAAUGCCUGUUCCCCGGUCUCAGUCAAUCCUGCUGAGAAUGUCCUUUACAUUCAACAGUGGCGUAGUAGAGCUUCACAGGGAGCCAUCGGACGCGGAAAGACAAACAAUGGACGGCGAGACAAGGAGGGGUGGAAAGGGCUGGCACGAUGUUGUCAUCCUGCCAACUGUUUCGAUGUGGGUAGAGUACAACGGACCAGCCCAAGAUGAAGAGCCUCUCUUGUUGUUCAAUCUUGCGGUUCACGAGAGCCGAAACUUGCUACGGCCGACUAUCCUCCCAUUCUUCGUACAAACCGUCAAUCGCAUGGCUCGUCGACAAGGUUCUUCUGUACCCUCUUUGCCUGUGUCAAAGACAUCCGACCCGGCCCCAGUCGUACAGGCGCCAAAGCGUACUGCGACCAAUGUUCGUGUCACUCUGCGCAUCGACAAGUCUGAACUCCGACUAUCUUGCGCGCCCGACUCGAACUCUUAUGUGGAUCUAAAGUGGGAAAGCGGUGGAUUCUUUGCUAGCUUUACGCCGGGCACGAAAGGUCAUACGACUGUUGCCGGUUCAAUCUCUGGGGUCACGUCGUACCUCAAGCACGAGUUUGCCGAAGGCAGGAGCUGCAUUGAAGCUGGUGCCAAAGAUAUUAGCUUUUCCGUCACUUCCGGCGCCCUGGGUGAUCAAAAGUUUCUCUCUGUCGCGCUAGACUCUCAGAUAUCUGCACAAUUCAGACUCGAGCAGUUCAGCGCGUGGCUGGCUUUUGCUGCUGUGUGGAUUGAUAAUACUCCCGAGAUUCAGCGUCCAGCAAAACCGAUUGUCGAGUCGUCCCCAUCGACUUUACCCAACAGCACGGUCAUUACGACUUUGGUCCGGUUCCGAGCCAUAGACUUUGAUGCCAAUAUUGGCGUCACCAAGGCAAACCUCAAGAUCAGCCCAAUCGUCAUACGUGCGGUCUCGAAUGGCGUCAAGACAGACCUCUGCUUCAAUCUUGGUGUCACGCAUGUAAUUGCGAGGGGUGAUAUCUCGGGAGAUAUUCGCAGUGAGAGCUUGAGCUUGAAGACCACAAGACAGUCUUCAAGAAGCGGUGUUGUCAAUGACCCCACCGUCCUCAGCAUGUCAAUUGACGCUGGGCAUCUGAGUGGUGAUCUGUCUUUGCAAGAACUCGGUGUGAUUAGCUUUACGCUUGACCCCGCCACAGUCACGCUUGCCGACGACUGGAAGUCAUUCACGCAAGAUGGCACGGCGCCCGUCAUCCUCUCCUUUGCCGUCAAGGCUGGAACUUUUCGCUCAGUGGUCCGCUUGCUCGCGAUUCCCGCUUUGCUCAACAAGUUCUAUUCCGUCUCCAACACUAUCGACUCUCAAGAGCGCAUCGCUUCUCAUAGGUCAAACACUUACAAGUUGGGGCAGGCUCGCAAGUCAACCGAGCCUACACCGAUGGCUGCAGCUAUUUUGAAUACUGCUCGUCGGGCUGGCCAGUCCCUGUCUGCCGACAACACUGUCAAUACGGCUCAGAAUAUGCGCUUUGACCUGGGCGGGGUGGACAUUGGUCUGUUCAAUGCCCCACCCAGUGAGAAUCAGAGAGGCGACUUUUACCGAUUCAUGAUUGGCAAGGUCGAGGCGGAUCUCAAGAGGCAGGUGACAACCGAGGGCAUGCCAAAACGAGAUAUGAACUUGCUUGUGAGCUAUCUCGAGUGGGUAUCCAGUGAUGGAGUCAAAGCGGCAAAAGAAGUCAAGAAGGAUCGUCCUCUGAAGGAGACUAUUCACGCCGCGUCCGCAUACCAUCGUAAAGAGAUUGCGUCGUUGCCAUUGAUGACCAUGACAAUGGACUCUGUUGAAGAGCCAAAACCACUCGCUAUUGUAUACGACUUUGACCUGGUGUGGGGCGAUGGCGACCUCGACAUAUCUAUCAUGCCCUACUUUUUCGAGCAAGUGUACAAGACGUUUGAUACCUUGAUCAAGGGUCUCGACCAGGAACAGCUCACUAGGGCCCGGCGCCGUGGCGAUGGCGAUGUCAAGGACAAGGGGGUAGCCCCAGAAGAGCAAUUGGCAUUCCGGCGGCGGAUCGAGGGACAGAGACCUUUGCCAAUACCCAGGCUCAAGUUGCUGGGUGAGGCGACGGGAGAAGCAAUGACUUGGGUGCCAAAGAUCACUGCGGCCAACGAGCGGCUGCCAGUCAUGGUGCAUCGUUUCGUCACCCUGCCCUUGGAGGAGGGCAUGGAUCUGUUGCUGAGACUGUACGAGAAGCAGCUACCGGAUAAGGCAAAGUGA